AUGUCGGGAGUUGAAUCUGCCGGACUCGCUCUUGCUCUCUUUCCGUUGCUCGUGAACCAGCUCGACAACUAUGCCCGCGGCAUUGAGAAGUUCAAACUGCUGAGGCGUUACAAGAAUGCGCUGGCAGAUGUCGCGCUUGAAUUGGGGACACAGCGCAUGGUCUUCCUCAACACUCUGGAACAAGCAUUGGAUGGCGUCGUUGAUGACGACAAUCAGGUGCAGGAUUUAAUCAGUGAGCCUGGCGGGGAGCCAUGGAGGGACCCUCUGUUACAGGAGAAACUCAAGAUAAAGCUGGGACGGAACUAUGAUUAUUUUGUUGACAAUAUGGCCAGCCUCCAUGCUAUGCUCGUGAAACUGGCAAAAAGGCUGGACCUUGACCUUACCAAAAGAGCGCACACCGCGACGCCCUCGAACAAAGACAUUGUGUUAUUCCUCAAAGUGCUGUCCAAAGCCGUUUACGACGAUAUCCUUCAAAGGAUCAGAGACGCUAACGAGGCCCUCAAAACGUUGAUCGAACAAUCCGCCCAGCUCGAGAUCAGCCGUGAGAAGCGCGGCCCUUGGAGCAAAUUUUUACCACGAUUGCGAGAGGCACGGAAGAAUGCUGAGGGCUUGUAUCGAGCUAUUCUCCAUGGUUCAUACUGGAGCUGCCAAUGUCGGGACCUCCACAGUGCCCAUCUCCACCUUCACUCGAACCCUCUGGCAGAUAAGAUGAAGAGCAACAACCAAUCCAACUUCUGGGUCACAUUCUCGAGCGAAGAUACCCUGGAAGGUGACAGGAUUAGUACAUGGAAGUGGACCGAUGUGGAAUUCGAGCCGUGCGAGCUGGAGGCCAGCCAGGUUCUGUCGGUAACCCAGAUGGAAGAGACUACAACCUCUCUAGGAAAACUUCAGAUCUCACACAGCCAGCGAGUCCGGUUCGAGAUUCCUAGAGCCAUAACCGAGAAGAAGUGGAAAAGCCAGGCAUCCAACGUUUCCCCAAUCCAAAACAUCUGCUCCGUGCUCUCUCACAGCGAGAAGCAGCCCCUCAAGCAAGAAACGCUGGGAUUCAUCACCCACGAACCAGAUUCCACAAGACGGUACAACCUGCACUCGAUAAAAUGUCAUCCCCAGGCAGUUCCGCUGCAAACCCUUCAGCAGGCCUUGCCGAACAGCAGUCGACGCGAUCGGCUGUAUAUCGCCGCUGGGCUGGCCUGCGGCGUCAUCCAGUACCACGGCAACUGGCUGAAAGCACAUUGGGAUAGCUCCGACAUCCAUCUCACGGCGAGCAAUGACAAUGGUGACGGUGGAGAGAUCCCGCCAGACAGUGUGUACCUCUCCUGGCCAUUGAAGUUUCAGCAAGCGGAUAUCCUAGUUGAAGAUCGGGAUGAGCAUCCAUGCAGGUCGCCCCUUAUCCGCAAUCGAAUACUCUUCCCGCUGGCAUUGGCUCUGACAGAACUCUCCCUCGGAAAAUCCAUUGCGUCCCUUCGAUCACCGCAGGACGAGCAGCAGGGGAAUAGUGAAGCUGAAGACUCAACACGAUUUUACACUGCAUUCCGGCUUCUUAACAAGGUAUACCGGGAAAGCGGAUCGAAUUAUGGAGAUGCGGUGCAUAGCUGUCUUCUCUGGCCAGGGCCGGGACCGGGAAUGAAAGCCCCCUGCUUUGAGGACGAGAAGUUUGAAGGCAAGGUGUUUCAUACUGUGGUGACUCCGCUGCUCAAGGAUUUGGCACACUUUGAGGAUCUGGGGGCUGUGUUGGCCUGA